UUCAGAGAAGAUGUGAUCAGAAGACACAACGACUACAGGAACUUCAUAGCUAACGGUUCAAACAGUCAAAACUACAAGCACUACAGGAACACCGGUGCUACAAACAUGAACGCCUUGGUCUACGACAACGAACUAGAGUACAUUGCUCGCUGCUGGGUUAACACCUGCCAUGAAGGAGGUCACGAUGAGUGCAGAGACGUCAGCAGGUUUCCUGUAGGCCAGAACAUCUACUGGGGCUCUACAGCUCAGAGACCAGACUUCAUGACAGAAGAAGCUGUAUUUCUCUGGUUCGACGAACUUGAAUACAUGACAGAUGUGAGUUGGAUACACGCUUUUCCGGGUCUUGCCGGUCUUCCCCAAGAUGGCAACCAGAGAGGACACUUCCUGCAGGUUGUUUGGGCAGAAACCAGAUACGUAGGCUGUGCCAGAGUGAUGAAGAAGAACGGCAAAGAUGGGAUGUUGAUUUGCAACUAUGGACCUACUGGGAAUUAUGUUUCUGAUCCUGUUUAUCGUAUGGCGAGGGACCCGAGUGAUAUAGCGUCGGAGUGCACUGUUAGGAACAGGGUGUGGACCGCCCUUUGCGGAGAUGUUGCUUCUCCUUCUGAAGAAGGUGGUGCUCGACCUACUGCUGGCUCUAGACCUUCAGCAACUGCUGAGCCUGGUGCGAUGGGUGGAAGACCGUUGGUUGGUGGUCACACUUCGGCUCCAGAUCUUCCGGUGAUGCCCGGAUCCCAACAGCCUUCAACACCGACACCACCACCGGCAAAUACACCGACAGGUGCAAAAACACCGGAUUGCUCCAACGAACAAGCUCUUAGUCCAGAGCAGAGAGAAUAUUGCAGAGGAUUGAAAAAAACUGGUGACGACCAUGGAGACAGCGGUACAAAACUCUAUAAUCUCAAUUAUGCUACUGUAAUUCUAUUAGUUAUUUUGAGUUAUGAUGGUUUUUUAUAAGAGAAGUAUUAGGUGUACAAUUCUAUAUAUAUUUCAUUGAAAUAUAAUGUGAGAAGGAAGGUAUA